UUGACGCUGCAAGAGCUCGCACCCUAGUGAAAGCAUGCUUCUGUCAUCGUCUUACUGCCUUUUACUCACCUCGGCCGCCAUCGUAAUAAUGGCCGAUAACGCCCCACUCAAACUAAACGUGGGCGACCGUGCGCGGCAGUGCUGCUCCGAUUUUAAUUUUACACUUCCGGACUGGGAUGAGGAAGACCACGACGAAGUUCCGAAGCCGGCAGUGCAGCAGAGGACACCACAUUACGCUAUUCGCCCAGCGCAUGUGCUCACCAUGCGCCAGUCGAGCCUGAACUAUCUGCUGCGCCCCUAUCAGACACCGUACGCCGUCGUCAUCAGGAGGCCUGCUGUGAGACCCCAGAGACCACUGGCAUUCCCGCUCGAUCCGCCAAGAAGUUCUGCCGACAGAAACGGAAGUCUGCCGGCUACUCCCGUGAGAGCUGGUGGGGCACAAGUCACCUUGCCCAUUUACUCUCGCGUAAGAUAUGGUCCACCGUACUACAGGCCGUACUACCACCACGUCUACAGGGGCGCCGCGCUGGCGCCCAUUCCUGGCGGCGGGUUCGUGAUGCCGUAUCCGGCUCCUUCUCAGGCGGGACUGCAGCCACCAGCACAAGUGACUGUGCCGGUGUACAUCAACGUGGGCGCGGGCGGCUUUCCCGCCGAGUACCAGCAGGACGGAGACGCGGCGACGGGCUUCCUGCCCGCCGUCGGAGCGCCGCCACCGAAAGGGACCUUUCCGCAGGCCGCAGCCCAAGGAAACGCCUCGGCGUACUCGUGAAUGUAUUAAAAAAAGAAAAAGAGCAUUCUAGCAAACCGAACAGCUCGGACAAGGGCCCCUCAGAUCUUUAUUUUUUGUUCAGUUGUUCGCUCUCCAGGGAACCAUUAAUAUUCAUUUUUGAAAUGUACAGUGUCUUGAUGAUAGUACAUUCCAUUGAAGCAUGCUAUAGUUUCGUGAAUUUUAUGUAUGAGUGUAUUAAUUUAUAACAAUAAUAAAUGUAGUUUCUCUUCUAAGAA